AUGCCUCAUCCGUCGCCACAACCACCGCCGACCCCGCCACGACGAACGACGGGGCAGCCAGAAAGCCCGUUAUCCGGGCGACAACGGCGGCGACGGCUCCGAGGAUCCCGCCUCGGACGAGGCCACGGCCGCCGACGUAACGCCUUGUCUUCUGCGCCGUACUCUAGGACCGUAAACGGGGGCGGGCCAAAGCCUCUAGCGCAAAAGAACGGGAGCAAGGGAACGUCCACACCCGGCCUUGGCCCAGUGACAGGCUGCACCUUAGGCUACAUAAGCACCAGAUGCCGCCCCGGCCGCCACAACCACCGCCGACCCCGCCACGACGAACGACGGGGCAGCCAGAAAGCCCGUUAUCCAGGCGACAACGGCGGCGACGGCUCCGAGGAUCCCGCCUCGGACGAGGCCACGGCCGCCGACGUAACGCUUCGCAAGGAGGGAAAGGUGCUCUUCAAGACCAUGGUCCGAGGGUGGCAACCCGGAGACCUCUCGCUCGUCGCCGGCUCAGCCCUGAGGCUGUGUCACACUAAGCGUGGUUUCGCCAAUCACGCCUCCUGCAAGGAGCAACCGUUGGACAGGUCUUCGGAGGUGGUUAGACUCUCCGAGCAGGACGUGGGGAAGGCCGGCAACGGACGGUUCAUGUUCCGCGUUGUGUCCGGGGACCCUCGCGGGAAGACCAACACAAAGUGGACGCUGGAUGCGGAAAGCCAGUCGGAGUUGGACGCAUGGGUCUCUAUCUUGACAGAGGCAAUCAUCGCCCAAGGACCUGCCGGUGACGAGGAAACAAAUCGCUUGGACGGCGCUCCGCUCGCACAAAACCUUGGCGAUUCGUCCGUCACCUCAUCGAAGCUGGGGCCAGAUACCCCGGAAGUCUCACCCGCCUUCCGUGGCCAGUCCAUGGCACCCGGGGACUACCCCCUACAAACUGGGCAGUUCUUGUCAACCGCACCGCUGGUGGACUCGACCAACGUAGAGAUUACGGAGAUCGGCGACGUCAUCCUGCGGGCAGGGGAUAUUCCCGCGUUCUCCGGAGAUAAGUCGCCCCUGUGGGCAUACCGCGCUACGGGUUCCACCGGGGACAAGGCCGACGGGGGGCUGGGGUGCGUCUUGGAGUCUUGGUGGAGGAGGAUGGUCAAAGGCACUUACGACGAUAUUCCGGUACACCUCUAUGUAAAGAACGGGAGGUGGAGGGUUGGCCGGGGCCGGCUCUGCACGAUGGGCCAGAGCCCAAAGCCGCACGGCAGCUGGAGGGCCAACUUGCCGUGGGAUGCGAAAGGGCGAGCCAUCAAGACCGCUGGGCUUGAGCUUCGAGACGGCGCGCUGGUGCUGGUCACCCCCCAGGGGGAAAUUUUGUGGAGCUCUGCGUCGCCCCCGUCAUCGGAGGAUAGAGGCGUAGGGGGUUGA